AUGGAUACAAGUUUGGACCUCAAAAUAUUAUUUAUCGUUUUUAUAUUCAUCAUUGCUCUCGGGUGUGGUCUUCUGCCUUAUUAUAUUAAGUCAUGAAGUAAGAAUAGGACAUGGCUAGGAAUCGCAAAUGCAUUUAGUGGUGGUAUCUUCCUCGCAAUAGCAUUAUUGCAUAUUAUCCCAGAAGCACAUACACAUUACUUGAUUUAUAUGCACAGUGAUGCUGAUCAAGGGCAUGAUCAUGCUCCAAAUUCAGAUGUGCAGCAUGGAGCUCAUCUCAAGCUCGGAGGGAAUGCUCCUAAUGUCCACAGAAACCUUCAUGGAGUGGGUGGAGAUCAUGAAUUACUUGAAUUAGGGUUUCCAUUGCCUUACUUUUUGGUAUUUUGAGGGUACACUUUCAUCCUCCUAAUCGAUAAGGUGAUGUUUGACUCCCAUGCACUAGUACAUGAUCAUGGUGAUAAUAAAUGGAGGGAUUCUUUCAGGAAAUCCUUGGUUGAUCCUAAGAGGAGCAGUCAAACCCAUUCCAGCUUCAAUCAAGAAAUCAACGGUAAAAAGAUGUAUGAAGAUGAGAAGAACUACAAUGAAUUUAGAGAUGAAGAUGACAAUCAGACUGACCAAGAAGUAGAAGAAGAUGUCAAUGAAGGGAUCAGAAGAUUCCUGUCUAAAGCUGAUAGGUUUAGCGCAAGAAUUGACUCCGAACUUUCUAUGAAAUAUCGAAAAGGCAGAAAAAGUAUUAGGAAUAUGUCUAUGAAAUCCCAUACAGGCGACCCUAUCUCAAAUGGAGUCAUGGCUCAGAGAAAAGAGUUUAUGGAAUCAGAAAAUAAUCAAGAUGAUGGUUCGAGAGGGUUUAGCUGCGAUCUUACUCCUUAUAUAUUAAUGAUCGCUCUUAGUGUACAUUCAGUAUUCGAAGGUGUUGCUGUUGGGCUAGAAGAAGAUCCAGCAGAUAUAUGGAGUUUUCUGAUAGCUAUCGGAACACAUAAGUGGGCAGCAGCUAUGUCUUUAGGGAUAAGUAUGAGCUCAAAUGUUAACUUGAGUCCUUCUACCAUUAAAAUAUUGAUUCUAAUAUUUGCUCUAUCAACUCCCAUAGGAAUUGUGAUAGGAAUGAUAGCGAUGGAAUCUUCAGCUUUGGUCAAUAUUGCAUUUUCCAGUUUAGCAGGAGGCACAUUUCUCUACAUUGCAGCUAGUGAAGUUGUAGUUGAAGAAUUUUCUGUACCUACCAAGAAAUGGUUCAAGUUAGCAGGUUUCAUUAUUGGUGCACUCCUAAUCACCUUUGUAACCAGUAUGGAAGAACAGUAAUU